GAAAAAAAGACACAAACUAGCGAGAUCCGUGUUUAAUUCAACUUUAUUCCUUCAACCCUAGAGCAGCCGCUGGAGGGUGCCCGGCUCCCCUCAGCGCGUCCCGCCCCGCCCUGACGGGGACAAGAUGGCGGCGGGCGAGGCGGCGUGGAACCGGCUGGAGCUGGCGUGGCCGGCCGGCAGCCACACGCUGCCCGUGGCGGCCCCGCACCCCGCAGUGAGGAGCCUGCCGGAGCUGAGGCGCCGCUGCCUGGCGGCCGUGCGGGGGCUGCGCGGGAAGGGCCCGGCCGUGGAGGGCGGCGUGCUGAGGGGGCUGCUGUACGCAUACCGCCGCAGGCUGCUCCGGCACCGGCCGUACCUGGCCCUGCAGCAGGUGGAACAAUGCUUGAAGCGCCUGUGGAAGAUGAACUUGGUGGGCAGCAUUGAAACGCUGGCAGAACUGAUUCCCAAGAAAAAUAAAUUUGAGGCCCAUGCGGAGUACUUAGUUCCCAGCCAGCCUAUGCUGGAAACGGUGGCUGUGAAGGUACUGGGAGGCUGCAAGCUCAUUCUGCGUCUGCUGGACUGCUGCUGUAAAGCAUUUCUCUUGUCCGUUAAGCACCUCUGCUCACAAGAAUACAUACUUCUGAACACCGUGGCUUCGGGGUUGUUGAGCCGGCUAUGGAUUCAGUACAGAUGCAUAUUGCAGAGCCUCAUUUCCUUGUACGGCGUGCUGUCAGCAUCACUGCGUCUGGUGUCCGAGACCCAGCAGAUGCCUUACAUUAAGGGGUUUGCCUUCCCGUCUGAUAUCAGAAACUUUCUUGGAGCUGACCUUUCUUCUGAGGUGAAGAAGCAAAAGGCUGCAAUACUAACAGCAAAACGACCCACCAGCUGGGUGAAGAAGCUUUUCCCAGACAUGCCAAAGGAAGAGUCAGAGGCUGGGAAUGGUUUUGUGACCUGUGAGAGUGCUAUGAAAAACCCAAGCAUCCCUAUGGAUGUUGGAGAGCCAGUUCUGGUGACCAGAGAGAACAGAGGAAAGCAGCUGGGGCUUUGACGUGAAGAGCUUACUUAGACCAUCCAGACCUCCAACACAAGAGGAUAGAUACCUUACAUCAACACCUUUUAAAGAAAUGCCAGAGUCGCUCUCCUCUUACAUGGUGAAAUUGCAGCACACUGGGUCUCUCUUACAGCUGUUCCAAACAGCUGCAUCUUUUGGGGAGCUGUCAGAGGCACUCAGAAA